AUGAACGAUAACCCGCCAGUCAUCAGCCUCCUGUCACUCAACACAGAGAUGGUGGAAGUUAGUGAAAACGCGCAGAGGGGAUAUGUCAUCGCGUUAGUGAGGGUGUCCGAUAAAGACUCGGGGGCGAAUGGCAAAGUGCAAUGCAGGCUCCAGGGCAAUGUACCAUUCAGGCUGCAAGAAUACGAAAGCUUUUCCACUAUUCUUGUGGAUGGUAGACUUGACAGGGAGCAGAAGGAUACGUAUAACCUAACCAUACAAGCUGAGGACAGUGGCAUCCCUCCUUUACGCGCCACAAAGUCCCUAGUGGUCAAAGUUACAGACGAGAACGACAAUCCUCCACUCUUCUUAAAGCCACACUAUCAAGAAAUGGUCAUGGAGAAUAAUUUACCCGGGUCCUGCUUGUUGGAGGUGGCGGCUGAGGACCCAGAUUUAGGCAUGAAUGGAACAGUGUCUUACUCCAUAGUCCCGGGUGAAAUCAAGCAUAUGGAUGUAAACACGUACGUAAGCAUCAACCCCUCAGGUAGAAUCUAUUCCAUGCGAUCGUUUGACCACGAGUACACCAGGACUUUUGAUUUCAAAGUUCUGGCUCGGGACAAUGGCAACCCAUCACUGUCCAGCAACGCCACUGUUCGAAUUGUUGUCCUGGACGUGAACGACAACACUCCUGUAAUGACCAACCCUCCGUUAGUCAAUGGCACUGCUGAGGUCUCCAUCCCACGGAACGCAGGCGUGGGCUACAUGGUGACCCAGGUAAAAGCGGACGACUAUGACGAAGGAGAGAAUGGGAGAUUGACGUACACCAUUUCAGAAGGCGACAGGGCCUAUUUUGAGAUAGACCAGGUGAAUGGAGAGGUGAGGUCCACAAGGUUAUUUGGAGAAAGUGUGAAAUCCACCUAUGAAAUAACAGUGGUGGCAAGGGACCAUGGCAAGCCCUCCCUCUCUGCCUCGGCCUACAUUGUGGUGUACCUUUCCCCGGAUUUGAACGCACAGGAGUCUAUUGGACCGGUCAACCUCUCCCUCAUCUUCAUCAUAGCCCUGGGUUCUAUAGCUGCAAUCCUCUUCGUCACCAUGAUCUUUGUGGCUGUCAAGUGCAAGCGGGACAACAAGGAGAUCCGGACGUACAACUGCAGUUUCUUCUACUUGCGCAGGGUGGCGGAGUACUCCUAUGGCAACCAGAAGAAGUCCAGCAAAAAGAAAAAGCUGAACAAGAACGACAUCCGGCUGGUGCCGCGGGACGUGGAGGAAACGGACAAGAUGAAUGUGGUGAGUUGCUCCUCUCUCACCUCCUCCCUCAACUACUUCGACUACCACCAGCAGAGCCUGCCCCUGGGCUGCAGGCGUUCCGAGAGCACCUUCCUAAACGUGGAGAACCAGAACUCCCGGAACGCCGCCCCAAACCACGGCUACCAGCACCCCUUCCCGGGACAAGGCCACCAGCAGCCAGACCUGAUCAUCAACGGCAUGCCCCUGCCCGAGAAUGAGAACUACUCCAUCGACACCAGCUACGUGAACAGCAGAGCCCAUCUCAUUAAAAGCACGUCCACCUUCAAGGACCUGGAGGGGAACAGCCUGAAGGACAGCGGCCACGAGGAGAGCGACCAGACCGACAGCGAGCAUGACGUCCAGAGAGGCCACUACGUCGAUACGGCCGUCAACGAUGUCCUCAACAUGACGGCCAACCCCAACGUGUGCCAGCUGCCCGAGCAAGAUUCCAAUGAAAGCUUCCACUGCCAAGACGAGUGCCGUAUUCUAGGACACUCUGACCGCUGCUGGAUGCCACGUGCAGCCGUUCCAGCUCGAGCCAAGUCACCAGAGCACUCUCGUAAUGUCAUCGCCCUGUCCAUUGAGGCCACUACGGUGGACGUGCCACACUAUGAGGAUGGCACCAUCAAAAGGACUUUUGCCACCUUUGGCAAGGACGGCCAUGAGGACGUGGAGCGGGGAGAUCUGAAGGGGAAGCGGACUCAGGAGUCUCAGGUGUGCAGCCCUAAGGCCAAUGGAGGGGCAGUGCGAGAGGCUGGGAAUGGACGUGAGGCUGCCAGCCCCAUCACCUCCCCAAUGCACCUGAAGAGCCCAGUGUCUAAACCCUGUCCCUCUGCUUACAACACACUCAAGUGUCGCGAUGCAGAGCGCAUUGCUAACCACAGCAUGCUGCGGCAGCCGGAAGGCAAGGACAGCGAGCCAUCAGUGCGAGAGAUCAACACUCUCCUCCAGGAUAGUCGGGACAAGGAGUCCCCCAGCACCAAGCGCCUCAAAGACAUAGUGCUUUAG